AUGAUCAUAAAUCUCAGCCCUGCUGCCGCCGCUGAUGUGGCCGUUGCGGAGAAAAUAUCAGUUAACGAAGCCACUCCAAUCAAGAUACAGUCUACAAUCGUGGUGGCUUUUCCGGCCGAUGACAUGACGAUGCCUUCGACGCCACCUCCUCGGUAUCCCCUCAACUUGCAGGGCGGCGGCGGGGCCCAGGAGCGCGAGGGAUUCAACUUUGGAGUGCGUGGCAGCGAGAACGUGUGGAGGAGCGACAACGGGCGGCACGAGAUCGACGUGAACGUCGGAUAUGCCCAGCGCUUGGGCGGACAGUGGGGCAACUCGGAGCCCAGCUACAGCGUUGGCACCAACUACCGCUACAGAUGGUAAACACCUCCCUCUCCUCCACCUUUGUA